AUGUUAAGAUCUGUAGCAAAGAAAGGCAAUCGAGUCAAUCCAUGGGGCCUAAAUUUGAAUCCACAGCAACUUGCUCUUGGACAACCAGUUAUGGGUGAUUGGAAUGGUUUUUCAGGUAUUGGACCCUUUCGACAAUUUGGGCAACAACCAGCUGUUGUACCACAAUUUGGUGUUGGUUUUGGACAACCUAAUGCUGCUCAACAAAUCUAUCAACCGACUUUAGUACAAGAGACAAAAGUUGCUGAUACUGGAUUAACUAGUGGUAUUGCACAACAAGGUUUAAUUCCAUCUGAAUCUGCUGUUGCUACUACUGAAAAUCGUGAUGUUAAACAAGAUGUAUGCUAUAAUAUUAUUGAUUCAGUUUAUCCAUUAUUCUCAAUGUAUUGCUCGGUAUUACCACAAACAGCAUUUUCAUUACCAAACUUUUUUGGUCAUCAAACAAAACAAGAAGCACAUGAAUUAUUUAUUACAUUAGAACCAGCAAUAUACUCUAGAUGUUCUGCAUAUGUGCGUCUCUUUUUAUGUCCAUUAUUUUUUCCACCAUGUAAUGUUGAACCAAUACUUCCAUGUGCUAACUUCUGUAGAGCUAUACAACAUAGAUGUGGUGAUUAUGGUCUUUCAUCAAUUAAUUGUGAUAGACUUCCAGAAACAUCAGAAUUUUGUCCAACAAUUAUUGGACCAAAUCGUUUGAUCUAUGGUGACUAUAAAUUUCAUCAAUCUACAUCACACAAAAAGCACAACACACAACAGCCUGAUUCAAACUAUUAUUCCGAUUCAUCUUCGUUAGUUGGAUCACCAUCAACAUCUGAUAGUUCCAAUAAUAAAGCUGGUCAAACAGAAACUAAAACUGAUUUAUAUUAUGGAGAAAAAAUUUCAGGUGUUGGUUCUGAUUAUUCCAUUGUCAACGUUAAACCAGUUCAAGCUCAAAACGUAAUGCCCGACACACCUGAUCUUUCGAAAACAAAUACUGAUGGUUCAAUCAAUCAACAAUGGACCGGUGAAGGUUCAUCAGGUGCAUCAUCAUCUACUGGUGGAUCUUUCCGUGCAACUGAGAACCUUAUAAGAUCUGGCGGUUCAAGUUCCGAAUCAAAUAGUCUUGGAUCAGGACAAGGCAGCUCGAUUGAUCAUAUCUACUAUGGUGCACCGACUUAUAUUCCAAACAGUAACUUUAGAUUACCAUAUGGCAACAAUGAGAACUAUCGUAGUGGAUCAUCAGAUACUGAUAUCAUGAAAUCUGUCGACUCAUCAUUAUACGACAGGAAUAACAAUAACGGCGGUGCAUCAUCCAAUAGUGAUGCCACAAAAUAUACUGACUACUCAUUCGUUAACAAUAAAAACUACGUGGGUGGAUUAUCCGAUAGUAGUAAGACUGCAUCGGCUGACUCAUCAUUGUUCGGUAGAAAUGACAACUCUGGUGAUGAAUCAGGAUCCAUUAGAAAUUUCAUGAAGCCUGUUGGAUCAACAUCUAACGGUGGUGAAUCAUCCUCUGGUGAUAGUGUGACAUCUGUUGACUCAUCAUUUUACAGGAACAAUGAGCAAUAUGGUGGUGGAUCAUCCUAUGGUGAUACUAUCAAAUCUUCUGGAUCAUUACAAGGCAGCAGCAUGAAAUCUGGUGGCUCAUCAUCAUCACAAGACAGCAGCAUGAAAUCUGGUGGCUCAUCAUCAUCACAAGACAGCAGCAUGAAAUCUGGUGGCUCAUCAUCAAUACAAGGCAGCAGCAUGAGAUCUGGUGGCUCAUCAUCACAAGACAGCAGCAUGAAAUCUGGUGGCUCAUCAUCAUUACAAGGCAGCAGCAUCAGAUCUGGUGGCUCAUCAUCAUCACAAGACAGCAGCAUGAAAUCUGGUGGCUCAUCAUCAUUACAAGGCAGCAGCAUCAGAUCUGGUGGCUCAUCAUCAUCACAAGACAGCAGCAUGAGAUCUGGUGGUUCAUCAUCAUCACAAGGCAGCAUCAUGAAACCUGGUGGCUCAUCAUCAUUACAAGGCAACACUAUGCAAUCUGUUGACUCAUCAUCAUCUGUUGGUAACAAUAACAACUAUGGUGGUAGAUCAUCAUCAACUGGCAAUGCCUUCAAGUCUGUUGGAUCAACAUCUCAUAGCAGCAGUGGUAGUCACGGUGGUGCAUCAUACGGCAGAAGUGGUAGUUAUGGCUCAAUUAAUACACUUGAACAAACUGGUCUACCUUAUGGUAUUCAAUCAACAGCCGAUUAUCCUACUUAUUAUUUAGAAAAACUUGAUCUAUCUAAGUGUGGACCUCAACCACCGCCGAAAAAUCCAUGUACAAUGGAUGGUCCACAACUUCAUCCAAUACCUGGCUAUCCACAUUGUUACAUUCAAUGUGCACUUGAAAAAAUGUUUGUCAAACCAUGUCCACCUGAUCUUGUUUGGAAUCCACUCAUACCGGUUUGUGAUUGGCCCACAGUUCAUUAUUCAGGUGAUGGUAAUAAUUAUGACUCUUCGUCCUAUGGUACUAACACAUAUCAAAGUGGUUCAUCUUAUUCAUAUGGACGAAAAAAACGUUCGACAAUUGAACGCAAGAAACUAUUCAGAACUGGUAAUCCAUUCCCUUCUCUAACAAAGAUGAAUGUACCGUUAGGUCCAUCUGUUCCAGGUGUUGUUCCAUUACCAGGUUUUACCGGUCCUAUUGGGAUUGCAGGUCCACUUGUUCCACCACCAACUCCUCCAGCUCCAGCUGCACCAUCAAUGUUUCAUCAAAUCGUUCCACGAAUGUAUCCUAUAAUGCUUCCGCCCUAUCUACCAAUGCCAUCUCCAAUGUUUCCACAACAAGUCGCUGUACCACAGAUGCCUCAGCCAAUGUUUCCACAAGCAGCAGUGCCUCAGCUAGUGUUUGUACAACCAACAGUACCUCAACCAAUGUUUCCACAACCAACAGUACCUCAACCAAUGGUUCCACAACAAACAGUAUCUCAACGAAUGUUUCCACAACCAGUAGUGCCUCAGCUAGUGUUUCCACAACCAACAGUACCUCAACUAAUGUUUCCGCAACCAACAAUACCUCAAGUAAUGUUGCCACAACCAACAGUACCUCAGCUAAUGUUUCAACCAUCACAACCACCUCCUUCAACACCUACACUUCCACCUUUCAUGCCUCCUAUUUUUCCAUCUCUCCCAAUACCACUUAACGGACCAUUGCUUCCACCUCUUCCUAUGAAAAUACCAGCUACAUUCAUUCCUGGUCCACCACCUAUAUUUGGUGCUCCAUGGUUUGGGCCUUUUGAUCAACCUGCAGAAUCUGCUCGCGCACCUGUUGGACAGCCAUUUGGCUUUGGUUUCGGUGGUGGAUUUCCAUUUGCUCCCAAUUUCUAUGGUGGUUUUCAGCAACAAUUGCCAUUUCCCUAUAAUUAUUAUAGUUUCAAGAAACACGGAGAUAAAGGUGGUAACAAAAAUGACUAUGAUGAAGACAAUGACUAUGAUGCCUAUGAUGAUGAAAAAUCACUUUCUUCUGAUGAUGAUGCUUCUGACAAUUCAAAACCAACGAAACAUCUCAAAAAUAGUAAGGCGCAAAAUGAUGAUCGUUUAAAGCGUAAAAAACGUGAAUAUGACUUGAAUAAUGAUCAAGAUACAUCAUUGUCCGUAACAAACGAACAACAACCAUCCUUUAAUUCAAUUAAUCAACCAUUAAAUCAAGAAUCACUUUGUAUUGGUAAAACUAUGAAAACUAAUAUUCCACAUCCAACAGAUACAACAAAAUAUAUUUCAUGUUUAAAUGAAAAUAAAUAUGAAAUAAUGGAUUGUCCAACAGAUUUUAUUUAUAAUGCCUUAAUUGAUCAAUGUGAAAUAAAUAAAAAUACUGAAACUAUUUGUGAACAACAAAAUCCAUGUAUGAAUGAUGGUCAAUGUUAUCCAACAAGUUCAACAACAUAUAAAUGUAUAUGUCAAGGAGCUUGGACAGGUGAACGUUGUGAAACACCAUUAUCAUCAUGUGCAUUGAAUCCAUGUGGUGAAGGAAAUGAAUGUCAUUCAUUAAUAACAAGUGAUCAUAAACAAGAUUAUAUUUGUAUUUGUAAUAAACAACAAUCUUAUGGUUUAACUUGUGCACGAAAUACUGUACCAAAUCCAUGUAUGGGUGUAUCAACUGAUGAAGAACAAUAUUAUCCAUUUGCAUUUAGUGUUCAUGCUUUUAUACAAUGUGAUGGUGAUUUACUUCAUAUUCGACCAUGUGCAGCUGGUUUAUAUUGGAAUCAAGAAAAUAAAAUAUGUGAUCGAGAAGAAACAUCACCAACACGUUCAAUUGAAGAUCAAUCUCAAUCAUAUCAAAUAAAUUAUAAUACACAACAAUUAGAUCCAACAUAUAAUCGUCCAUCAGCUAAUUCUAUUGAUCAAAUUGUUGAUAAACAACAAGGUUAUCGUUAUCGAAAUUAUAAUCCAUAUACAACAUCAAAUUAUUUAAGAUACAAUCAAAUUCAUAUGCCUAAAGACACACCAAUGGUUUAUUCAUAUUUUCCACCAUUACCAAUGAUAAAAGAUAAUCGUCGUUUUAAAAAUCAACAUGACUAUAAUCCAGUUGAUAUGCAUGUAAUAAUAGAAGAUCAAAAACCAAUGCUUUCUGAUGAACAAUUUAGUCAAUCAUAUAAUCAAUUACCAACAAAUUCAUUCAUGCAAUCAACACCACAACGAAAUAUGUUUCGUGUUUUUCAACCAUCAUCAUCACGAAUUAUCAAUAGUUUGAAUACACAAUCAACAUCAUCAUCUUAUCGUCGAUAG